AUGGGGAAUAUUUGCUCUAAAUCGUCAAAUCGACCGGACCCGUUUGCGCAGCCUGGGCGCGUCCUUGGGUCACAGGCAGCGUCAACAAAACCUACGCCAGCCAAUUCGAGCACACCUCUGAUACGGAAUAACAAUUCCUCCCAGCGGCAGCCGUCAGGUGGGAGGGUUUUGGGAGGUGGCGGUAAUAAUGCAGAUGGAGACGGUGACGCCCGCAGCGCUGCUGCUAGGGCUGCUGAGGAACGUGCCGCGAAGCACUCGGCAGCCGGGAAGGGGAAACUAAGCUCCCAGCUCGCAGCACAAAAAUCAAGAUCCAGAAAUGAUACGCUAGAUGAUAUAAGUCGGGCUGAAAGGGCAGCAAGAGAUGCCCAGAGUGCUGAGGAAUCUCGAAGGUGGGACUGA